AUGAACGUUACCGGUGGAAAUUUAUACCCAAAUGCUUCCAGUGUAACAGACACUGCAAUGCAAGAAUCAUCAAAAACUUCCCACAGUGUUGUUGCCAUAAGACAACAGGCUGGCACUUCCGAAGCCGCUAAACCCAUUGGCUCGUUAGUCCGUCGUCAGACGCCAAGAUUACAGAGACCCGAAUAG